AUGCUGUCGGCGGAUCACUGCCGUGCCGGCGUGCAUCGUUUUCCUGCGGACUUGCUCGGUGUAGACUUGCCGUCGCUUCUCGUGACUGCCGAGGGCGUGCGCUCCAUUUCGGCCGCCUCGCCAUUCAUUUGCCUGCCUUCUCCGGCGAAAAUCAACUUGUUUCUCAAGGUGUUUCCACGACCCCCCGGCGCAGCCUUUCAUCCCCUGCUCUCCCUCUUCCACUUUGUCUCGCUAUGCGACUACCUCGCCGUCGGCCUGCUGCCUCCGCGGCUUCAGCCAACGGCGGGGGAGUGUGGACCACGCUUGAUCGCGAAAAGCGCACGCGAAGAAACGGGCACUCUCGAGGACGCACUCCGAGGAGCGAGCAGAGCACAGGGCGAGCGACGGGGCGAGACCGGGGAAGCGACCGGCGCUCAGGCGUCUCGCUCAGAUGCGGAAACGGCCAUCCGGAACCCGUUCCCCCCCUCGGCUUUCCCCUUCCUUUCGACCGUCGCCUUUCCCCACGUGUACGAAUCGAAAGAAGGCGACCUUCUCCUUUCCUCAUCGCCUCUCCCGUGUUCGGCAGAGAACAACCUGAUUCUUAAGGCGUUCAGCGCGUAUCGCCGGAACCUGCAACUUGCUGGGGAAGACAAACGAGCGAUCGAGUCUGGGGGCCGAGCAGGCCGCCUUGCUCCUCGCUUCGUCGCAUUUCUCCACAAAAGCAUUCCCACAGAGGCUGGCCUCGGCGGCGCCUCCUCGAACGCCGCCACGGCGCUCCUGGCUGCAUGCGCCCUCGCGCCGCCGCCCAUCGGGGCUCUGCGCCUUCCUUCCCGCGGAAACAGGGACAGAUUUCCCUCAGACGCUCCGCAGGAGCGUGGGUCUGAGUCGAAGGCGCCUCUGGAAGAGGGACAAGCUCGUCGGCUCGACGCUGCUCAGGUAGCGGCGGAGGCCCCGGUGGCGGCCUGCGAGCAGCGGGAGAGCGAAGGCGCAACCUCCAACCGCGACCAGAGGCUUGGGGUGAACCUUUGGGCACCCAGAUGCGCUGGAGACGCCCCAGCUGGGACGCGCGCCUGGGACGCGCCUGGGGAUUUCGCGGCAGAGACGCUUGGCACAAACUGGAGGUGCGGGAGUGCGAAAGAAGCGGGUGACGGCGCGGAGAGAGGGACGGAUGGAAACGUGCCGGAAGAGACGCGGCAGUCGGAGUCGGUGUUGAUGUGGUUGGCGCGGAUCGGCGCAGAACUGGGCAGCGACGUCCCGUUCUUUCUCCUCUCGCGCGGCGCCGCCGUAUGUACAGGGCGAGGCGAGAUUGUGCGCGACUGCUGCGCGGCGAUUGCGCGACAGUUCCAAUGUGCGCUGCGUAUUCACGACCAGGAGAAAGAAGCGGAGACGGGGCCGCACGUGGCGCGUCAGACACAGGAGACAGCGACAAGCCGGGACGAGACGCCAGGACAGAGUCCGCGGAAGGAAGCAGAAACGGCGGGAGAGCGCGAGGCGGGAGCAGGGGACGAGAUGACGCUCCGUGUGUAUAUUUUUAAGCCGUGCGAAGGCCUCGGAACCAAAGCCGUGUAUGACGCCUUCAGAGCUUUGGCGGAAGCCUCAGGCCUCACGGACUCGCGCGAGGCCCAACAGACACCUAACUCUCUCCACGGCGCCGCAGACGCCUCGCCGGCUGUGGAUUUCGCAGCCGCCUUGCAAGGCGCCUCGCUGGCCCCUCGUUCUUCGCGCUCUCGGCCUCCCGCGCCGCUUCCCGGUGCUUCGCUGCAUCCUUCUUUCCUUCCGGCGCUCUUCGAAAAUGACUUGCAGAGGCCUGCCGAGACGCUCUUGCCUUCUUUGGCCCUGCUCAGCGAGCAGCUUCAGCGGUUCAAAGGCGGACUGGGUCCGCGCAUGCACUCGCCUGCCAGCGGGCGGGAUGCAGCUCUUUCUCCCGCACCUCGAGAUAGGUCUGAGUCGCCUGCGACUCGCCCGUCCGACGGAGCCCACGGCGCGGUCGGCCUCGACGGCGUCUUCUCUCCUCUCGGAAACAGCGGAGAGGACCUCGGCGUUCUCCUUCUCGCGGCAGGCAUGACGGGGAGCGGCUCGGCGUUCGUCGCCCUCACUGCAGAGCGCGUAGCUCGCGUCGAAACGGAGAGAAGUCGAGAGCCGACGCCGUGGAGACAGUUUCUCGAAGCGCAGAUGGCCCGAGGCACGCGCGUCUUUCAGUGCCGCCUGGCCUCGAAGACCAGCAACCUCCAGGCGGGGGUGGAAACCGAGGCGGGAGAUUCCGAGAACCGUAGGCACGGAAGGAACAAGGGAGAAUGCGGAGAAGCAAACGGGCGGUCGGUGUGGCGAGGACCUCUACCCUGGUUUAGCAGCUGCCUGACUUUCGAGGAAUUGGCGAGUCCCCCCCGGAGGCGCGCAAAGCACGCGUGA